CCUGUUGCCCCGGUAACGGCAGGCAGCCGCCGCCAGGAGCCGCGCGGUGUGUCCGCGUCCCUCCGGCGGCCGUUGCUGAGGAGCGGCUUCCGGUCGGACUUUCCGCUGCCUCUACGGUACCGGGCCGGCCGCAGCAGCGGGGCCCUCGUCGCGGCCCUUAUCUCCACGGGGCCUCCGGGGUGGGGGGGGACGACUGGUGUGGCCAGGCACAGCAUCCCCGCGGGAGGAGGCCGCCUCUGUUUCCGCCUGUGGCUGGGGUCCGGGAGCGGGACAGCUGUGCAGCCGCUGGGGCUGCCUGCCCCUCCAGACCCUCUGUACACACUACCAAGUGAGAAGGACUGUUCAAAGGCAAAUACCCACAUUCAGCUGGUUGGUGAGAAUUUGGUAAAAGUACCAGUUUUCACGAGUAUGCUUAGUAGCUUGAUCCAUUUCCCGGGCUACGGUCUGUGCCUGGAGGGCAAAGAUGCAGUGCCUCCAUUUAUUGACCGAAGAUGGAGAGGGAAGGCUCAGCAGCGCCUGGCGGCUCUUCAACAUCUUGCAGUAGGUCAAACUUCUCUUCAAAUACCCCAAAUGGUGUAUGAAGAUCCUGAAGUUAGUGGAAGGAAUCGCUACAAAUAUUUUGCAAGACCUCUUGUCCCUCCUAAUAAGGUGCUUCCACUAGAUGUUUCUUAUGUGAUUUCAAAAACAGAGCCUGUUGUCUAUUUAUCUACAAGAGACAAUGGGAUCUUUGGUCCCAAGAUACGAACAUUUGGCACACAGACGGAUUACAGGGAUGGUGAAGCCCAGACAGAUCCAUAUUCCCCUGAAUAUGUAGUUCCCAGUGGCUCAGUCCCUGAACUUCUGAUGCUUGCUACUCUCACUUGGGGUCGGGGGCUACCAGCAGGACUAGCUGAAGUGGAGAUGAUUGAACGUGCCCGGGAAAAACGUGCAUGGGAAGCAACUCUUCCAGCCAUGGACAGUGCCUCAAACAUUGAGAAGAGGAGGAAAAUGAUGGAUGAAAUGGAGAGGAAGGAAUGGGCUUUUAGAGAACAGGAAAUAGAUAAGUUGCAGGAGAUUCGACUGGAAGUCUUUAAGAAGCUGCUGCAGAGGCGAGAGGAGAAACAGAAUGAGCUGGAUGCCAAGCGCUUGGAUGACCACUGGCAAAAUCAUCAGAAGGCUAAAGAAGAGAAAAUGAAAAAGAUUCAGCAUGAUUUUGCGCUGAUGCUCAGGAAACUGAUAGCUAAGAGGAAGAAUGUGAUGGGGAAGCUGGAGAGACGAGAUAUCAUCAAGGAGUAUACUAACUUUGCAUCACAAACAUACGCUCCUUUGUCUAGGAUUGGUUAUUUCCCGGAUAACCAUUCUGAACGCUACGUUGUAAAAAACUUCUACCUUAAAACCUUUGCAGGACUGUGUGAACUGGAAGCAUCUCUCCCAGAUUCUGUCACCCAGGUCAAGAUUAAAGCUCCAAAGCCUAAAGACACCAUCACUAAGACUGGAUAUAUUAAAAGAUCAGCAAGGCUAGAAGUGGACCUGGCACUGGUUCACCAGGCACUGUUGGAGAAGAGGAAUAAAGUCAAGGAGCCAAAGAAGCCUCUUCACUUCCUUGAGAAAGUAGAAAAGCCUGUCCCUCGUCCCCCCACCCCUAUUCUGGAAAAACCAUCAAUUGAGGAAGAGGAAAGAGAACUGGCAGUGAUCUGUUUGCAGAAAUUGCUCCGAGGCAGGGCUAUUCAGAACAAGAUGUUUGAAGAGAAGGAGAAGAGGCUGGAACUGAUCCAAGAGCUACGCACCACUCAUGCACUUCAAGAGGAUGGACAGCUGCUUCUGAAGGUGCAGGAGAGAAUGACCCGGACCUUACAGCAGCAGCGUGACUUGAAAAUGCACAAGCUGUCAUUGAUGGAAAGCCACUUGGCCCAGGAAGAAGGAAGGGCACUGGGAAACGUGUUUGAUUUCCUGUCUAAAGAGCUGCUGAGGCUGCAAGAAGAGCGGAGGAUCCACGCUUUUGUCAUGCUGGCUGAGAGGACCAGGCGGAUGCGGGAAGCAGAGGAGAGUGGGCGCCGUCAGGUGGAAGAGAGGCAGCGGCAGGAGGAAGAUGAGAUUUUCAGACAGGUGGUGAAAGUGCACCAGAGCACGGUUGACUCCUACCUGGAAGACAUUAUCUUGAGUAGCAUGGAGAACACAGCUGAAGAGCAAGCAAGGGAAGAGGUUCAGAGAAUGGCUGUAGAAAUCAAUGACAUUGCUUAUGAACUGGAAAGAAGUCGAACUCGCCUACAGUCAGAAGAGAUUGUAGCAGAGCUGGUUUAUACUUUCCUGAUACCCGAGAUUGAGAAAAUGUCUAUCAGAGAAAAAGUGAGGCGGUCCCAAAGAAAACACAUCUACGCUGCUCAUCAGAUCAUCCACGGGAGCGUGGAAGAGUUAUUGGCUGAUCCAGCACUACACCAGGAGACAUCUGCCAGCAAGAUCAGGGGAGCUCCUCCUGCCGAGACAGCCAGCGCUGCUGUGGGCAGGACAGCCAUCAGACUGACUGCGGCUGACUGCUCUCACCCUGCCCCAGCUGCACAGGAGCUGUGUAGACCUCUGCAGGAAGAAAGCCCCCAGGAGCCAGCAGUGAGCCCUGCUGAUGGACCAGGCAAGGAUGGCGCAGCCUCCUAGAGAUACGAGCACCGGGAGUUUCCCUUCCCCUCGGUGAUCUGAGCUCAGAGCAUAGGGAAGGAGAUGGAAGCAAAUUACAUUUAUUUUUUCCAAGGCACCCAAAAUGCAAAAUUCAUUGUCUGUCCCUUCUGCUGCCCGCCAGCUAUGUUGUCCUGGAACCAAACAACAUACAGCUCAGUGUGACAGUCCCACUCCCACCCCUGCACCUAACUACCACUGGAUGUCAUUAGCUGAUUUUUCUCUUCUAAUUAUUAGAGAACCUGAGAGACCAUUGCUGGCAUUCUUGUUUGUUAUUCCUGGUGCAGGCCAACAGCAAUCUGCACCUGAGCUUUUGAUGGUGCUUCCCUGUAUCAAUAACGCUGAAUGGCAAAAUAUUCCAGCAGUGGGACGUUUUGAGGUGAGCCCCUACACACAGCUUUUCUCAAGCACAUCCCACUGAUUGCCUUAAUGGAGUAAAGCAGAGAGCAGGUUGCUGUAUCAACACCACUGCUAAUUGGCACUGCAGUUGAAUGAAACCUUAGCUACUAAUGGGGCCAGACCUUGCACCAUCUUUUCAUGUCCUUGCACUGAGGAAAUGUGCCCUUUGGCCUCAGCAGAGCGGCUCCUGCCAACCAGCCUCUGUCACUAACAACCAGAGCUGGGAGGCAGCUGGGUGGCACGGGGGCUGAUGCAGCCUGCAUGAAGGACCACACGGCCAGCAUGUGUGACUUUUCCAGAGAUGUUACUCUUUGGGCCUCUGUGCUUUUUCUCAUCCCAAUGGAGACCACUUCUGGGUAGUACCUUAUUUCUUAGACCAGCAUUAGGUACUCUGCCCUUCUUGUCUGUGGGGAAUGCAGGAAGAAUGCUGGCACGGCCUGGUGUGCAGGCAGGGGGUGCUCAGGCUCAGGAUGCCAGCACUCAGCGGGCUGCAGACACACGUGGUGCAUCUGAGCAGGGAACUGUCAGCUCUCCAGCACUCACCUGUCAAAACUCCCCAGGUCUCUGGGUUUAGUGUCUCAAAGGUACACUGACACCAAUCCCAACAUCAAACGCAGCCACAGCCAUGACCAAACCCUCAAAUGCUUACUCACCGUUCCUCUAGUUACAACUUAGUCUACAAAUAACAGUAAUAGCUCUCGAUGCCAAUGCACUGGACUGAUAUCUGCGUGCUUCCAGCACCUCUUUGUACCUGGUUGCCUGUGCUUUGUGCUGGGCCUGUAGAGCCUCAGGCACGGUCCAGUCCAGUUAAUUCUGAGCAUUGCUCCAUUCCUUCAAAACCAGCAGCUGUUCAAAAAUCCAGGCCCACUGGGGCGUUCCUGGAAACAUUUUGCAUCACUUUUCCAUUCUGUGGACUGAAGGGGGGCAAGUGGCAGAUAGAUGAGAGAGAGAAAGAAAAAAAAAGUAGCCCUGUAUUCCACUGAGCUGUAAGUGAGGACUGGAGAGAAGAACACUGCUGCACCACGAGGCCAUUGGCAGGCUCUCGGCCCUGCACCGGGGGCACCAGGCAAGAAGCGGGGGCUUGCACAGCCUCUGUGAUGCUGCAAAGUCUGGCAGGAGUCAGGGAUCGAUGAGAAUGCUGUGAGAAUGCAUGUGGCAAGGCGUAGGGAUUGGGGAAAAUGCCCAUGGCAAACCUCGCUAAGCUCUGGAAAUGAAGGUAGCAAAUGUAGAAACAGAAAACAAAACGGCAGAGUGUGGGAGGAGCGGCUGUGCAGGGCAUUGGCUCCUUUGCCUCAGGCCACCUUGGACAAAUUUAGCCUGGUUGAAAGAGGGGAUAACACGAAUCACAAGAUCCAAUGUAAUAAGAGAGACAUGGAAAACUUGAUGCAGCACAACAGGAGAACGGGAAGAGCAAGCCAACGAAGCAUUCACUGUAUUUCUGAGAUUGCAUGUGGAAAUAAACAUCCUCUGUGUGGCA